GUCACUCCUUCCGCUGUCUCUCUACAGCUCAUUGCUGGAUCUUUCCGUUGUCCAUUUCGAGUCGAGUGUGUUAACUUCGUUGACUGUCUGUUGCGAUAUUGUAAGAGUUACAACAAUAUGGUGAAAAUGGAACAUGAGGAUGGUGGCAAGGCAGAGCCUGAACACAUCAGGAAGCUGUUCAUAGGUGGUUUGGACUACAGAACUACAGAUGAUUCACUCAAAAAGCAUUUUGAGCAAUGGGGUGAGAUAGUUGAUGUGGUGGUUAUGAAGGAUCCAAAAACUAAAAGGUCCAGGGGGUUUGGCUUCAUUACGUACUCAAGAGCCCACAUGGUGGAUGAUGCACAACAAGCCAGGCCACACCGGGUGGAUGGCAGAGUUGUGGAACCCAAGAGAGCUGUCCCCAGACAGGAAAUUGGCAGGCCUGAGGCUGGUGCCACUGUGAAGAAGCUGUUUGUGGGAGGACUGAAGGAGGAUAUGGAGGAGGAAGACUUGAGGGAUUACUUCAAGGAGUUUGGCACCAUAGUGUCCUGUGCCAUUGUCACAGACAAGGAGUCUGGCAAGAAGAGGGGCUUUGGUUUUGUGGAGUUUGACGACUACGAUCCAGUGGACAAGAUAUGUCUGCAGCGAUCCCACUCGAUCCGGGGCAAGCACAUAGACGUGAAGAAGGCUCUGAGCAAGGCGGAGAUGGCCGGGCAGGGUGGCUCCGGGGGCCGGGGAGGACGAGGCGGGCGCGGGGGCGGUGGCUCCGGAGGCUCUUGGAGCAGUCGAGGUGGCAGCGACUGGAGCAGUGGGGGUGGCGGCGGCGGUGGUGGCUAUGGUGGCGGCGGCAGCAGCAGUAGCUGGGGAGGCAGCGACCCGUGGGAUAGCCAAGGCAGUGGUGGUGGUUGGGGACAGAGCCAGGGUUAUGGCGGGGGCAGCAGCAACUGGAGUAAUGAUAGCUUUGGAGGAGGCUACCAGCAGAGCUAUGGCGGUGGCCCCGUGAGAGGCGGCAGCUUCGGGGGCAGUGGCCGGCCCGGGCCCUACUCCGGAGGUGGUGGCGGCGGGGGCGGUGGCUAUGGCUCUGGAGGGUCCGGCGGUGGCUACGGGGGCGGAGCCCGCCGCUACUAGGCCCCACACUGAUCCUGGUCCUACUUCGCUCUGUACCGUAGGCUAGCUGGCAGGCAGGGAGGCGUAGCGCAGAGCAGGCUAAGGCUAUUGCGGAGGGCACGGCAGAAUGCAGGAUAGUUAGCCUAGCCAGAGCAUCUAGGAAGGACGCGAUCGAUGUAGGCCGCACAUCGUCUAUCCCACGAAGGCAGUGUUGUGAGGAAGGCAGACAGUUCACACUCCACGUGUCUAGGUUUUUCAAAUGGUGACGUACAAACUGUGUAUUAAGUUACUUUUGAGAUAUUGUGAAUAUUCAUGCUUAGUGUUAGUUCCCUGGAGAAUUUUAUGGCUGUUCAUUGUGACUUUAUUUAUACUUGUGAAGUGUUGUGCCCCUUUUUGUUUGAAGUACUUUUAACUGUUCAGUAUACAUACAUAUAUCAGUGUUAGACUAGCAGACCAGUUAUACUUUGUGGUUGCACCAUUGCUACUCAGUUGUAGUGCAAGUGUAGUUGUGAUACAGUUUAUAACUUUAAUUAAGACAAUAAAAUUAAUGGUGCAAGA